ACAAACUUCGAUUUGAUAACAUCGAGGAUGAGAACAGCAUGACAUGAUUCAAAACAUUGGCUUCACAAAAUGCAAAGACAUAUUGUCAGCAAACCUUUGGAAAGUGAGCGAAUUGAGGUUCCUUUAUCAAUUCAGACUUAUUUAUGGGGACAAACAAGUUUCUUCUUGAAACCCAAUCUGCACGAAAAGAAAUCAUUUGGACAUGCGUGUGUGGCGUUUGAAAAGAUCAUUUGCGAAAAUCGUGUGGGCGAUCUUCCACCGAAUUUGUCUCGCUCCAUGAACACAAUUCCACGUUGGCAUUUCGUGCAAGGAGCUUUGCCAUUCGUACUUCACUGCUGUGCGGCCCUACUGUCCAAUAGGACUUUACAUGGAAACACGGAGGAAAGGUUGACAACGGCAGAAACGAAACUUUUGUACACGCUUCAUUGGAUAUUGCUGAACGCUCCUAAUGAAGUCGAGAACUACUCGGGGAAACUGUACCCGCUUCAUAUUGUCGAGCUUUUCAUUCAGUCAAUAGUGCCCUAUGUGAACUGCAUCCAUCCACAAGAUUUGACCAUUCGGCUCCAAGAAGGAUACGAAAUCUGGAAAGCUCUUUGGGAAUUCCGUUCUCCCCCUUUGAGAUCCUUUACUGCUUCGGUUGUACUUGAAAGAGCCGAAAGUAGUCAAGCUAAAAAGAGCAUCGUUGACUUCCAAACGAGCUUCUUUGACCUUGCUGUUCUAAAGUGCCUCAUGCUUCCUGACUGGCAUGACGAGGGACGUGUCUGGGGCCUUCAAUACGUCUUGAAUUACCUCGAAAAUGAAGAGAAAUAUUUUGUUGAGAUGUCGAACAGGAACAGUUCUUGCUCCACGACUGACGCUGAAUCUGAAGCAUUUGUUAACGAAAAGGCUCUAAAGCCCGCACACGCGCAACCAGCCAUCGGCAACGUCAACAAGUUAAAACGAUUUUAUGGCUUGAGUGGUCCUCUUGAUGUGGAGAAGGCAUUUGGUCAACGUAAAGGUAAUUCAAAAGAUGGCAAUAAGGAGAUUCGUGCAUCGUCAUCGUCCUCUGUGCUCGAGGCCAUUGCGGCACUUUCAAAUUUAAAGAGCGACGUCGACGAACCGAAAACCGAAGUUGCAAACGGGGCCAAGGAAUUUCUUGAUGAAAACGGCUCGCUUAGGAAGACGGUUUUUCUUGAUGUUGUGUGUCAAAUUGCUAAUCGAAGCUCAAAUGCACGCGUGUGUAACCUACUGCUAACAAUCCUCGAGCAGAUUUUGGAAAAGUACGUCAUCAAACCACGUGACGCGGAGAAAGACUCGAGUGAUAAUAGUACGCUAGAUCUUGAAAGUGAGGAAGGCGUUAAUCUUCAUUCAGAUGCAAUUCCAUCUGGAAAAUUCUCGUUACUUCUCUACUCCCAGAAGGCAUUAGGAUGCACUAUCAAUGUCAUGCGUGCUCUCGGCUGCUCUUACGGCUGUGGCAAAGGCAUCAGAGGAGUCGUGGGAAAGAACCUACGUGCAAAAACCUUGGCGAUGCUCUCUAGAUUAUGUAAAAUGGACGCGGAAAAAUUCAAGGCUUUUUUACAAAAUUACACGAAAGAAGAGGAUGUGGAAAUUGUGACAAACUUUCUUCACGCGCUGCUCGGUUUUUGCACCAUGACCUUGGAAUCAAAGUCGAGUGGAAAGAAAAUGUCGGAACAUUUCAAGGAAAAGUCUGGUGUCGUUGGCAUUGUUAUAGACAGUAUGUUUCCUGCCUACGUUACGAGACUUAUUGAAUUUAAUCUGGAGGAAAUUUCUAAUGUGGCACUUUUCAGUCAAGUACGGCAACUUGCGAAAUACGUCAAAGAGAAUGCAGGUGGUACAUUUUAUCGCGUGGUUUUUCGAGGUUUGCUAAAGGCUGCUGGUACACCUCGACGGCGGUUUUGGGAAUCUUUUCCUCGCGAUAGACCCUACAUGUCUCAAUCUUUUCACGAAGGAGACACCUCGACUCUUCCAAGAGUUUCUGUAAUGGAAAAAAUGACUACUCCUCGCACUCAAAGAAAGACGUUUUUUUCGAAAUUUUCCAAGAGUGUUAGCUCGACAGAAGGAAGUCCUGUUGGAACUUUUGAUUCCCCUCCUGAUGUACUGACUACUCCUUUGUCUCGUAGAAAGGCAAUGAAACGAAUAAAGAAAGGAGCACUUUGGAAGAAUCGCUGUCAGUUGAAGAUGAGGUCCCGUCUGUGGGCUCUCUGGACAGAAGAAGAAAAAGCAUCAUUAAAAAAUUCUUUCCGAAAACUAAUCGGAAAAAAGCAGAUGAAAUAUUCGGUAUUGAAACAAGGAAGAGCGGUGGUGUUUUAUUCUUCAUUUCGCCGUCAAAGCAAUGUUGAGUAUACAUCCAUUCCUGUCAAUGUACAAGAAAUACGAGAUGGAAUGAUGAAGUUUUCUAUGCUUUUGGAGUCCUGUCUUCCAGGCAGUGUACCUGACCACAAUAUUAUUGCUGGAAUUCUGGAGCUGAAAGCUCCAGCAAUUGCCAGAGGUGCUUUGCUCGUCGAAUGUGCCCAUUUUGUACAUCGUUGUAACAAAGGGGAAUGGCCAUCUUGGCUACUAAGCAGUCAUCCAUCGACGCGACGUGGUAAAGGUGGCUUUGGUGCGCUUGUGAGGAAUGCCAUUGCGGUUAGUAGACGUAAUGUUCGCAUUAAACACGAAGCUGGCUUACUGUUUUAUAAAUGGGCUGUAGCUAUUGGCCAGAGACUAGAGCAGAUCGAAUCGAGAACUUCAUCGGACUCCAUUAAAGAAGGAAGUGAUGGAGUAGAAGGCAACAGAGUUGUUGAAGAAGAUUUUCUGGAUGAAGGUACGCUUAAUGAGAAUACUCGUAAAUGUCCCUACGCGUUGAAAAUGAUCGCAUGUCAACUUCUGCUAGAGAUAACAGCAUUUUUACGAGAGAGCCACAGUUCCUUGGCGCGAAAAGCAGAAAAUCAACGCAUGCGAAACAAAAGUAUUGCAUUUUCGAGGCAAAAUCGACGACCGACACAAAAGGUCUUUCCAAUUGGCGGUGAACACAGAGACGCUGUCACCAGUGGUCCUGCUGAGCGACUUCGUCAAGGUAAUCCCUCAAUCCUCACGCCAGUGGUGAGUUUGAUCGUUCCGAUAGUAAACAUACCACAAGAUGCAGCCGUUGAGAAAAAGUACCUGCUCCCUUCCUUGUUCUCAAACUCUGAAAAGAAACGCAAACUACACAAGCCUGAAGCGAAAGUUUCCGAUCGAAAAGCGAGUCCUUCAACUGCGCCCGCAAGAAUGCCUAAGAAGUCUCCCAAAGUUCACAGGGCACUUGGUCGGGUAACAAGUGAUGCCUCGGAUACCAGUGACAUCGAGGAAGAGGAAGUUAGCAAGUUUCCUUGGUUGAAAGCUGUCACUAUGGUCAGCGGACUGACAGACUUCACAUGCGACCACCGUGAUGUGUGCAAACCCGGAUGUAUUAGACGACAAACUCAGAGUUGUUCAAAGUUCAUGGUCGGUUUAAAGACAAUAUACUCUAAAUCUAUCAGCACGAGAUACGGUAGUAGAAAAUUUGACAGCGAGAAAGGAAGACAGUGUAAGCUAAGCACAAAGGAACUGACGUUAAAGCAAAAAGAACAGCGCGACAAGAUAUUGAUUACGUAUAUCAGUGAAAAGGUUCGUAAUUUAUUUAACUGUCCAAUGUCGGUGUUGAUCAAAGGAGCUGUAGUUAUGGAACCGAACCUGUUUGUUAAAAUCAUACCUUUAGCUUGGGAACUUCUGUUGAGUCCUCUUGAAGAACUUGUAUCCACUGCAGCCGCCGUGUUUCUGGUUGCAAGCUUACAUCUUAAAGAAAAUGUAGAAAAGAUUUUGCAAAAGGAACUCUCCUGUGGCAAUUGUGAAAAGCAAGUUAAAUCAUUGACGAAAUACUGUAUAUUAUGGCGAAGCAGAUAUUACGUUUGGCCGCGAAUGGAGGCUGGUGCCAAGUAUGUGCUCAAGAUUCCUCUACCAAAGCUCGAUUUCACUUUGCCUUCUCCUCCAGUUGGUUCGUCUGCACCACCCGUUCCUGACUGUCCUUGGGACCCAAAUACCUACAUUCACAUAACGAAAAAUGAACAGGAGUUGACAAGAGAAGAUAAGGAGAAAGACAUGCAUGAAGCGUCGAAAUUGGAAAAAGAAAAGAAGAAACAAAGAAAUGCUUACAAUUUUACGAACACUUCCAUAUCACUUGAAGCAUCAACACCAGCCGAAUCUGAAGAAGGUCGUGAUGCCGCUGCUUUGCCUAUAACUACUGACUUUUGGCCCCCAGCAAUGUCGUCAGCCGUUCCCUACAUUGUUGGACUUCUUGAUAAUUCGUCUGUUACUUCAUCGCAAGUUGCGGUCUCCGAAGUCGCCAAGACUACUUUGUGGGAAUGUUUAGUUGAUGAUCCAAUGUUGUUCUUUCGGACAUUUUUUGAAGAUAUCACCAAGCCCAAUAAACAGAAAGAACUUGUCUUUCUUCUGAGCAAGUUGUUAAUUCAUAUACCCACGCUUCCUCCUAAUGCUGGCGUGAUACUCUUCAAUCAUUUGGUUGGAGUGAUCUUAUAUUAUUCAAGACGUCAUCAACCAUGUUCCGAGGGAGCCAUUGCUCUCAUUCUCUCGUCCUUGCUGUGGAAGAUUGUGCCUAGCGUUCCCAAAUUAUACCUGAAAGAUUUAAAAUAUUCGGCGAAGAAAGAGCAUUGCGAGAGAACACUAAUGGUUACUGCUAACACACCAGGAACCAAAAAAGUCGUAGUUGCUUGCCCCGAACCCAAAAAUAACACGGACAAUGAGAAGUUGACUGUGCGAGAGGAUAUGUCGUUUGGUCACAUAUUGCAGUAUUGUACAGCAAAAUGGUCAUUGGAUAACCCCCAUUACUGUUUAUUGGAUGCAAAAUCAGGUCAUAUUUUAGAAGAAAAGCAUCUCGUCCGAGAUGUUUAUGCAUUCAAAAAAGGGUUUCCAUACCCCCAGUUGAAACUUCAGGUCUACAACGAUAUGGAUGCAUACGUGAAACGUCAAGACCAGGCUUUUAUCAUCAAGAUGGCCGAAGUAGGAAGGCUUUAUCUUACUUUGGGAAUUUUGGAAUCUGUCCAAACAUGGCACCAUGUCAGCUUCUUGCACUCGGAGCUCAGCAAACAAAUUGCAUUCCCACGUAAAGCUUUGGAUGUCGACUUUGGGUUGUAUGAAGGGGGGUUUAAAGGAACACAACUUUGCUCAAUGGAUGGAAUUCAUAAAAGAAUGUGGAUUAAACUUCUGUCAAAGUUGUUUGAUUCUAUGAAUAGUUGUUUUCCUUGGGGAGACGAUGACCUACAUCUGUUUAUGAAUGUCAUCAAUGGUGCUCUUUUGCUGCAAUGUGAAGACACGUCCAUGCUCAGAUUCUGUCUCGCCACUCUCAUCAAUGCCGCCAUCAAAUUCACUGAUAUUUUUGCCUUUGACGGAUAUUACCAUAUUCUGCCAACUUUGGCAUUGUUAUAUUCUCAUCAUGAGAAUAACGAAAUUGUUUGUACUGCUGUUGAAUUUAUCAUCAGUCAAUUCUAUAUUCUUCACCAGAAGCCAUUUAUCCUUCAAUUUUUUGCAAGUAUUGAACCAAUCUUACUUACGGAGAAUGUCAACAAGAUGCCCGAACAUUCUGAUGAAAUUGACGAAAGUAACAUGAUUCUUCCAAAAUGCUUAUUUGCUAUUUUGUCAUCUUUGGAGAACGACGUUCCUGACAUAUUGGAUGUCCUGUCAUUAGUUGACGUAGAUGGAGAACUUAAACCUCUGGAUUCUUGUUACGAAGGAAAAUUGGAAGAAAAUGAAUCUAAACUUGAUACAGCGAUCCGUCUUUGUGUAACUGUUGUUGCUUGCUCACCUGAAUCAGUUCGUGCGACACAGAUGUUGGUUGUUCUUUCUUCAAUGUUGCCAUUUUAUCUGGAGUAUGUACGAAAUAAUGCCAAUAAUGACAAGAAGAAAUGCUCCAGAGAUGAACCAGCUGCUUUACAAUCUCUUCAUCGCUGUGUUCAAGUGCUCUUGAAGAGUUGCACCUCUUUAAGAAGGCCUUUCUUAAAAAUCAAGGAACUUAGUUCUGUAGCAAAGCGAAGAACGCGUGAAGGUUCAACGGGAUCCGUUACUUCUUUUACUACAAGCCAAGAAAAUGUUAGAUUAUCCAGAAUGUAUCCUGAUGAAGACAGAGACUCGGAGUCGAUUGAUCAGCAAUUUAAACCAUUUUUGAACAAGUUCAGCACACAAGACGAAGGAGAACAAGUCUUGGAUUCGCUCUAUGAGUUUAGGACUCCACGAAAUGCAAUUUUAAUUAUUGCCUCUGAGUUUAUCAGCACAAGCAAGAGACGUCUACAAGAGUUAAACUUGAAAAAUUCUGGGCAAACUGUUAACCUGGCACUGGAUAAUGAAAGCAUACAGUCAUUGUGCAACAUCGCUCACACACUUCUGAAGCUCUCCUUAACCGAUACCGUGUCAUUAGAGCUAACAGGACUGCAAAAAUUCAUGUUAGAAGCAUUACCAAAUAUUGACUGGUCUGCCGAAGAAACAAUUCCUGCCUUAAACCUGAUUUUGAAAAGAAUCAAUUCUACCUUUACGAAGAUUACUGACAAACCUGAUCUUAUGAACUUUUUCUGGCCAUAUCCAUUGUUGCUACACAGAAGCGAACAUUGGAACGUCACCGUUGUGCUUCUCAAAGGUUUAUAUUUAACCAUAUCGAAGCAAACGGCUGUAACAGCUCUCCCUUUCACCAAGGCCAUUGUUGCCACCUGUAUGCGUUUAGUCGUACGUGAACAGAGCUACGAUUAUGAUUUCGCGGGAAACAUGUAUUGUGACGAUUAUCCAGCUCCUUCUAUCAUAUUUUGCCAACUGGUGGUAAAGUUGGCUGCAAGACUCAUGUUUACACUUCGAGAUAAAUACUCUUUGAAAGAUCUCUGUGGUGGUACAAUCGAGUUUGGUGACAACGAUCGAACUCUGCGAGUGUUCGUGCAUAUUUUACUACCAUUGUGUAUACGGCUUGGAGUUGGAGAUAAAAAUCAACCUAAAGCUUCAAAAGUAGACGUGUCGUACGCCGUCUCAUGCUUUCUUUUCGUCAUUGUCACCCCAUUCAUCGACAGCAGCUCAUCUGCAAAUCGCCUCUCCACCGGCAUUAUGAUGAACUACUCGGUUGGACCUUCGUCGCCGUUUUUCCAUCGCUCAAUUCGCAAAAGACACGGUGCAACCUUUUCGCAGUCGAUUUUCAAAGCAGCCUAUUUAGGUCUGAAGGUGAUGAUCGUUUGCUUUCCUGGUAUGCUCUCCAAUGAGUGGUGCAAAAUUUCAUCUGCGUUGAAAGAAGCUGUUGCCUACGGUGCAGGUACCGAAUUCCUUUUUGAAUUCCUUGAGUUCAUUAUUUUGCAUCGCUCUCCACUGUUUCUGUUGCUACUGCCAAUCCUUCGAUCCAAGAUUGCCUUUCUUCAACCGGUAAAUUCUCGCGCGGCUUCUAUGAAAGAAGAUCUUUUGGCGCGAUUGAAGAAUCCCACAGAUCCACCGCCGUCAAAGAAGGAAUGGAUGCGACGUUUUAUUGUGGAUCUUGGUAUUCUAACAGGCAGUGAACAAAGAGAUAAGUUUUUUUGUACAAACCCCGAUAGCGGCGCAACUAGAAGUAACUUUACUUCAAUCAUGCAUCCAGAGUCUCUUUCAGACUCUGAAUCCGCUCUUAUUAUCCAUCCUACUGUCCAUAGUGAAACGCAUGAAGGUAUUAUGCGCAAUGCAGAUAGCUCUCGUGAUGCUAAUAAAUCUGCUCGCAAAACUAUUAAAAAGAAAGUUAGCUUUGAUAAAGGCAAAACGUUUAACGUUCUUGAAGAAGAUAUAGAUGUUGAUGCGAACUUUCCUCUUUUGAAAUCUAAGCGAUCUCUUCCUCGUCAAGAGAUUGCCGUUGAUCUCGAAUCGCCCGUUAGUAGCAAAAGGCUCUCUGACAAAUAUCAAGUGAAAACUUCAAAGAGUCCAUCUGAGAAACAGUUUGAAUUGACGACUGGUCAUGAAAAUACCACGUGUGUAAAAGAAGAAAAGGGAAGACGAGGCGUUGAGAAAAAUGAAGUUAACAACGAGAGCAAAAGUCUUAGCAGUUUGCUAUCUUCGGAUGGAAAUGAUAACAUCUUCGACAGUGGUGUAAAAUAUGAGAAAGAAUGCACGAAAGUGGAAAGUGUUUUAAUGAGGCCGACAGAUAGUGAGAUGACGUCAACAGUGCAACGUACCAAUAAUAGCCCCGUGAAAUCAUUCAAAACUUUUAACACUGAUUUCAACAACACAGAACUUUUGCCAUCAAAGUUGGUAACAGAUGAAAAUCCUCAACUUCAUUCAAUAAAGGUCGAAGCCAUUGACCAUGAAACCAAGCAGUCUAACAUUACCCUAAAGACUCUGCGCGUUGCUCGGUGGAUGCUGGUAUUAAACCCGACGAAAAUUUCGUUUUCGUGAACAAACACAGUACGAAUGAAGAAAGCGAUUAUUGGUCUUGUUCUGAGAUUGAUCUUUCUAAAGAAACUGUUCUUUAGUCCUGUCAUUUUUCGCACAACUUCUCGUCAGUGGUUACUUAGUGCAUUAUCGUCAGGGUUAGCGAAUUUAAUCGCGCCAAUUUACAUGCAUUUUUUUUAAUUCGGAAAGUAUAAAUGGUUUGUAGUAUAUGUAGAUAAAUGAAAUUUUGCGAAUUGGCAUGAGUAAUCUGCAAUUUGGAGAGCA